AUGGCCUCCAUAAUCCAUACCCAAUUAGCCACUCCUUCCAAACUCAACCUUUCAUGGCGGCGCACGUUAGCACCCGACUCCCUUGCCUCCACUUCCUCCUACUCCCACUCUUCUUGUGCUGCCACUACAAGUAAAGGAAGGGGUAAUGUGGUGUCGACGCAUAUAAUAAAGUGUAAUGCUCAGGCGGCACCAGGGGCUGUCAAUUUGGCGCCAGGGACACCGGUGAGGCCUACGAGCAUACUUGUAGUGGGUGCCACCGGAACAUUGGGCAGACAGAUAGUGAGGAGGGCAUUAGAUGAGGGCUAUGAUGUACGUUGCCUUGUCCGCCCCAGGCCUGCCCCUGCUGAUUUUCUGCGUGAUUGGGGCGCCACUGUUGUUAAUGCUGACUUAAGUAAACCUGAAACUAUACCAGCAACAUUAGUUGGCAUUCACACGGUUAUCGAUUGUGCUACAGGACGUCCUGAGGAGCCAAUAAAAACCGUAGAUUGGGAAGGAAAGGUAGCUCUUAUACAAUGUGCAAAGGCCAUGGGUAUCCAGAAAUUUGUCUUCUUUUCAAUUCAUAACUGCGACAAGCAUCCAGAAGUUCCACUCAUGGAGAUCAAGAACUGUACUGAGAAGUUUCUUAGGGAUUCAGGACAGAACCAUAUCAUUAUUCGUCUAUGUGGCUUCAUGCAGGGCCUGAUUGGACAGUAUGCAGUACCUAUAUUGGAAGAGAAAUCUGUUUGGGGUACUGAUGCUCCUACAAGAAUAGCAUACAUGGAUACCCAAGACAUUGCUCGAUUAACAUUUAUAGCUCUACGCAAUGAGAAUAUCGAUGGGAAGCUUCUGACUUUUGCCGGACCUCGUGCAUGGACAACCCAAGAGGUGAUCACAUUGUGUGAGAGGCUGGCUGGUCAAGAUGCCAAUGUGACCACCGUCCCCGUCUCAGUUUUGAGAUUUACACGCCAGCUGACUCGUUUGUUUGAGUGGACUAGUGACGUUGCUGAUAGAUUGACAUUUUCAGAGGUUCUUUCUAGCGAUACUGUUUUCUCGGUCCCUAUGAAUGAGACAUACAACCUUCUUGGUGUGGAUGCAAAAGAUAUUGUUUCCUUAGAGAAAUAUCUUCAGGAUUAUUUCACCAAUAUAUUGAAGAAGUUGAAGGAUCUCAAAGCACAGUCAAAGCAAACUGACAUUUUCUUUUGA